GAAACCGGUUCAUCCGGUUAACAGGUCGAACCGGUCUUACCCUAUUUUGGCAACUGAACUAUCUAACCGUCCAAAUCGAAACCCUAACCUAAAUUCCCAAGAAGAUCUCUAUCCUUCCACUCUUGCCUUUCCUACUCUUUCUCCCUCUCCAUCGGUCCCAUCUGCUUGCCUUCGACUCUCCUCUCCGGCGGCCGCUCUCCCUCGCCGUCGUAAAUCUCCCCUCGUCUCAAUCAGUCGUGACUGCCUUCUUCACUGCGUCUCAGUUGCGGCGGCUUCAGUUGCGCGGCGGAGCACAGAUAGAAGAGCUCGUGGAUCCCCUCGCCGUCUCUGGGCAGAUUACUGCAGAUAUGCACGCCAUUCACCGCGUAAUAUCUCGGCUAUCCUCAACUACGCUAUGCAAUAGUACACCUGCAUCGAGAUUUCUAAAGGAAACAAGUGCUACCUCUGCAUUGGGUACUGAAGCAAGCCAAUUCAUUUGGGCUCUUGGCUUUUCUUCACAGUCAGGCAGUGGUGGAGGUGGUGGUGAAAAUGAAGGAACAAACGAGUGGGAAAAUAAUGCAGCUGGUGGUUCGUCCUUCGGUUCGACCGGGUCUGAUGAUCUGGGAUGGGACACUGUUUCAUCGUGGUCAACUGGAUUGACCAAGGAUCAUUUUGAUGGUGAGAUGGUGGGUAAGAUGGCAAGUCCUGCUGGCGAGGGAAACACAGCUUCUCAAUCUUUGAAGAUAUCUGAGUUGCAGGAUGUUGAUGAUAAGUUAAACGAACUCGAUGAGGCCAACAAAAAUGGGAAGGCUUAUGUUAAUGGAUGGGUGGAGAGAUUACGUGAGAUUAGUGGGUUGUUGAAGCAAGUAGAGGAGCCUGGUGCCAGAGGAUCUUACCUUAAGGAUUCAGAGAAGGCAGAGAUGUACCGGUUGCACAAGGAGAACCCUGAAGUUUACACUGUUGAGAAGCUUGCCAAGGACUACAGAAUAAUGAGGCAGAGGGUGCAUGCCAUUCUCUGGCUCAAGGAAGAGGAGGAAGAGGAAAGAAAGCGUGGUCGCGUCCUCGAUGACUCAGUUGAACUUUUGCUUGAUACCUGCCCAGAAUUUUUCAAUUCCCAUGACCGGGAGUUUCAUGUUGCAUCUCUUCCUUACAAACCCGAUUUCAAGGUGAUGCCCGAGGGUUGGGAUGGUACCACUAGGGAUCCAGACGAAGUCCACUAUGAGAUAUCCAUGAAAGAGGAUGAAAUGCUGUACCAAGAGUUUGUCCAGAGGAUGGAGUUCAACAAAAUGAAAAUUGCUGGGAAGGUGAAAUGCCACAAGUAUAGCCGGCGCCGCCCAUCUGAAGGGUGGAACUUCACGGUGGAGAAAAUGGGGGCCCAAGGAAAGCGUGGAGGGGGCGGUGGCUGGAAGUUCGUAAGCUUGCCAGAUGGCUCGAGCCGACCUCUAAACGAGACGGAGAAAGUGUACGUGAAGCGAGAGACUCCACGGCGGAGGCGCAAGAUUUUCCCAUGAUUCGAUGAUCAUCAGAUCUUGUACGGCAAGGGUUGUCGAUUAGGAGUAGUCAGAAGAAUUCUCCAGUGAUAGGAGAUUGAGAUAACCACUCUGUAUAAUAAGAAUGAAGGGACAGCAGCUGGAAUUGGGUACUUUUGUUUUUUCUCUUCUUGGCUGUACUGUUAAAUGGGUAAAAUCUACCCUCUUGAACAACAUCCAAUCAAAAUUCCUUCAGUUCUUGGUUUACAGUUGAUAUAAACACGAGCAGAAGUACUCUUCUUCCAUGGCCUUUUUCUUAAGCCGCCUUGAUCUCAGGAUUGAAACUUGUGUAUGGCGUAAUCAGUAUUUUGUAGCACCCUUCACGAUCCUGCAUGUUGUCAAGCUGAGACUUGAGGAACAUGCUCUAUAGCUUUCUCUGCACAAUUUUGAGGUCCUGUGUCAUCCAUCGCCAUUAACCAUGUUUGCACGCAUGUUUCCUAGCAAUUUGAGGCCAGCCACUUAUCCUUAGCUGGGGGGAUGUGAUCAACUGGGUCUGGCACCUGGAUCAGUGAAGGAGGCUGCAGCCAUA